CCCCAAACCCAACUCCCAGAGCUGCCCUGCGAUUGCUGAGACAGAUUGAAGGGAAAUUAGUUCAGCCUGAUGUGGUCAUGUACAGCACAAUCAUUGAUAGCCUCUGCAAAGAUAAACUUGUAAGUGAUGCCUGCGAUUUAUAUUCGGAAAUGGUACUCAAGAGAAUUUCUCCUACUGUUGUCACUUUCAAUGCUCUAAUUUAUGGCUUUUGCAUUGUGGGUCAAUUGAAAGAAGCAGUUGGUUUGCUAAAUGAAAUGGUGUUGAAAAACAUCAACCCAAUUGUUAAUACUUUUAAUAUUCUGGUUGAUGGGUUAUGUAAGGAAGGAAAGGUGAAAGAAGCUAAAAAUGUGUUAGCUGUGAUGAUGAAAGAAGGUGUAAAGCCUGAUAUUUUCACUUACAAUUCUAUCAUGGAUGGGUAUUGCCUAGUUAAAAAAGUGAACCAGGCUAAAGAUGAAUUCAACUCUAUGACUCAGAGGGGAGUCGCUCCUGAUGUUUGCAGCUACAAUAUCAUGAUUAAUGGAUGCUGUAAGAUUAGAAUGGUGCAUGACGCUCUGGAUCUCUUUGAGGAAAUGCAUUCCAAAAAUCUGAUUCCUGAUACAGUAACUUACAACUGCCUUAUUGAUGGUCUGUGCAAAGUAGGGAGAAUAUCUUGUGCUUGGGAGCUUGUUGGUAAAAUGCACGACAGAGGUCAACAAGCCAAUGUAAUCACUUACAAUUCUUUAUUAGAUGCUCUAUGCAAGAAUCAUCAUGUUGACAAGGCAAUUGCAUUACUUGAGAGAGUUAAAGACAAGGGCAUUCAACCAGAUAUGUACACAUACAAUGUAAUUAUUGAUGGACUAUGCAAAAGUGGAAGACUAAAGGAUGCACAAGAGGUUUUUCAGGAUCUUUUGAUUAAAGGCUAUCGGCUAAAUGUUGCGACAUAUAGUGUAAUGAUUAAAGGGCUUUGUAGAGAGGGCUUGUCUGAUGAAGCACUGGCCUUGCAAUCAAAAAUGGAAGACAAUGGCUGUGUUUCUGAUGCUGUAACUUAUGAAACAAUUAUUCGGGUUCUCUUUAGAAAAAAUGAGAAUGAUAAAGCACAGAAACUUCUUCAUGAGAUGAUUGCUAGAGGUCUACUUAAGAGUAAACUUAAGUGAGGCCCUGAAUGCUUAUUUGAAUGAUACGUGAGCUUCUGGUUGUUCCUAUCUUUCUUUGAUGUGAAUAUAGCCAAGUACACUUGCUAGACCUCCAAAGUAUUUUAUCCUCUCAAGGCUUAUAUUCUACAACAAGUUGGUGAGUCUCUUCUCAAAUUGAAACUAGAGGACAAUAAAGUGACAAAGACUCAAGUCAAUGAAUAGAGAAUUGUGAAAAGAGCAGGUUCCCCAAAAUAUCUCUUCCCAGUAUGCAAGCGUUUCUACUUCGAUGUAAGAGUCCCUCAACCCCAUGUUUAUUUGAGGUACUAGUAAGUAUUUUAUGUAUUGUAAGAUUGUUCAGAAAAAUUGUGAUAAUUGAAUACUAACACCACUGUUUUAAAGGGCUAAACAUUUACUUGUUAUCACUAAUGCUAUGUUUGGAUUGAUGGGAGGGGGUGGAAUGUGAUGGAAAAGUGGAAGUUAAUCACACUACCCCUCCAUAAU